GCUGCCUCGGCGGAGGGGCUGAGAGGAGCAGGGCAGGCGCGGCGCCGGCAGGAAGGGACCGAGAGCUGACGGGAGUCCGGCGCUUGGUGCCCCAGACUUUCUCCGAGCUAUGAAACCUACACAGUCGAACACCAUGAUGCUUCUCCAGUACAGCAUGUGAUGAAGAGGAGAGUUUGGCUUCGGAGUGCUCAGAAGCUGAGCAAUUACCGAGGACUCGGAGCUCCACCCUGACCACUAGAGAGCCCAUAACACAAUGAACAAAUUGAACUUCCAUAACAACCGAGUCAUGCAGGACCGCCGGAGUGUGUGUAUUUUCCUUCCCAAUGAUGAAUCUCUGAAUAUCAUCAUAAAUGUUAAAAUUCUAUGUCAUCAGUUGCUGGUCCAGGUGUGUGACCUGCUCAGGCUAAAGGACUGUCACCUUUUUGGACUCAGUGUCAUACAAAAUAAUGAACAUGUAUAUAUGGAGUUGUCACAAAAGCUUUAUAAAUAUUGUCCAAAAGAAUGGAAGAAAGAGGCCAGCAAGGUACGCCAAUACGAAGUCACUUGGGGUAUUGACCAGUUUGGACCUCCUAUGAUCAUCCACUUUCGCGUACAGUACUAUGUGGAAAAUGGCAGAUUGAUCAGUGACAGAGCAGCAAGAUACUAUUAUUACUGGCACCUGAGAAAACAAGUUCUUCAUUCUCAGUGUGUGCUCCGAGAGGAGGCCUACUUCCUGCUGGCAGCCUUUGCCCUGCAGGCUGAUCUUGGGAACUUCAAAAGGAAUAAGCACUAUGGAAAAUACUUUGAGCCAGAGGCUUACUUCCCAUCUUGGGUUGUUUCCAAGAGGGGGAAGGACUACAUCCUGAAGCACAUUCCAAACAUGCACAAAGAUCAGUUUGCACUGACAGCUUCUGAGGCCCAUCUUAAAUAUAUCAAAGAGGCUGUUCGGCUGGAUGAUGUCGCCGUUCAUUACUACAGAUUAUAUAAGGAUAAAAGAGAAAUUGAAGCUUCACUGACCCUUGGAUUGACAAUGAGGGGAAUACAGAUUUUUCAGAAUUUAGAUGAAGAAAAACAAUUACUUUAUGAUUUCCCUUGGACAAAUGUUGGAAAGUUGGUGUUUGUGGGUAAGAAAUUUGAGAUUUUGCCUGAUGGCUUGCCCUCAGCCAGGAAGCUCAUCUACUACACAGGGUGCCCCAUGCGCUCCAGACACCUCCUGCAACUCCUGAGCAACAGCCACCGCCUCUACAUGAACCUGCAACCUGUCCUGCGCCAUAUUCGGAAGCUGGAGGAAAAUGAAGAGAAGAAGCAGUACCGAGAAUCUUACAUCAGCGACAACCUGGACCUUGAUAUGGACCAACUGGAAAAGCGAUCGCGGGCCAGCGGGAGCAGCGCAGGCAGCAUGAAGCACAAGCGCCUAUCUCGUCAUUCCACCACCAGCCACAGCAGUUCCCACACCUCUGGCAUUGAGGCAGACACCAAGCCCCGGGACACUGGGCCUGAGGAUAGCUACUCAGGCAGCGCCAUCCACCGCAAGCUGAAAACCUGCAGCUCCAUGACCAGCCAUGGCAGCUCCCACACCUCAGGGGUGGAAAGUGGCGGCAAGGACCGACUGGAGGAGGACUCGCAAGAUGAUGAAAUAGAGAUGUUGGUUGAUGACCCCAGAGACCUGGAGCAGAUGAAUGAAGAGUCCCUGGAAGUCAGCCCAGACAUGUGCAUCUACAUCACGGAGGACAUGCUUGUGUCACGGAAGCUGAAUGGACACUCUGGAUUAAUUGUAAAAGAAAUCGGUUCUUCCACCUCCAGCUCCUCAGAAACAGUGGUCAAACUUCGUGGCCAGAGUACCGAUUCUCUUCCACAGACUAUAUGUCGAAAACCAAAGACCUCCACUGAUCGACACAGCUUGAGCCUUGAUGACAUCAGACUUUACCAAAAAGACUUCUUGCGCAUUGCAGGUCUGUGUCAGGACGGUGCUCAGAGUUUCACUUUUGGAUGUGGCCAUGAACUGGACGAGGAAGGCCUCUACUGCAACAGCUGCUUGGCUCAACAGUGCAUCAACAUCCAAGACAAUUUUCCAGUCAAAAGAACCAGCAAAUACUUCUCUCUGGAUCUCACUCAUGAUGAAGUUCCAGAGUUUGUUGUAUAAAGUCCUUCGUGUGCAGCUGUACAGGCACCCUGCUGUUUCCUAGAGGCUGUAUAAGCCAUGGGUUCUUUCUUUAACUAUUACUCAUGCCAUAUUUUCUUCAUCCCAAACAUAGCUCUGUCUUUAUAUUUGUGAUGGAAAUAAAAGCCUUGGGACAUUGCACUUUAAGUAUUAUGCGCAGGUAAAACAACUACAGAGAAUGUACAGCUACACAUGCACUCUACAGAGUUUACCAGGCCUUCAGAAUUUUGGAUGGUGGUGUGUGUUUGUUCAUUUGUUUUUUUUUUUUUUCCAGAUCACUUAUGCCUAACAUCACAUUGUUUAUCAUGUGAAAGAUGUUUUAGAUUUAUUUGUUUGCUUUUAAGUUUGUUUUUUUUUUUAACCACUCCCUCAUGAAAUGCUUAUGGUUUGAGGGAGGAGAGGUAAGGGUUUCUCUUCUUUGAACAGAGAGAACACUGCCUAGUUAUAUAGCCAUUGCUGCCUCACUGAGGCUGCCCCAAAGUGAACACUGAUGAAGUGGUCAAAAUCAUGUGGUUCUAGAAAGCCAAAGAUAGGUACAUACAACAAGCUCCAGUCCAGAGUCAAGAAGAUGCGAAUUAAGCAAUAACCAGAAGACUAUGCGUGCUGUGAUGCCUUGUGACUCCUUCACACCUGAUCAGUGCCAUGUAUCCACUUUGCUCUUCCAGAAAGCUCUAGGACUGAGUUGAGUUCCUCAUCCAAGUAACAGAUCAGCUGUGGUCACGUCAUAAUUCAUUUUGUGGAGUUUACAAAACUGGCUUAUGUUAAAGCUAUGGCGAUGUAUUAGAAGAUGUUUCUGCUUACUGGUGAUUUUUUGUUUUGUUUUUUAUCAGUAACAAAUGAUGGUGAUGCUAGUUUCUGCUCAACCAAAGUACCCUAACUAUAUGCAUAUGUUAUACAUAUAUAAAUACAUAGAUCACUUGUGUUUAUAUGUGUUAGGAGCUUACUCUCUUCAUUUUCGCUUAUGUGACUGCCUUGUAUACAUGGUCUCCCUUGUUUAAUACUUAGGAUACAUCAUGGAAUGAAUGAUGCAAUACCUACGAUACCUAUAGACAAUCAGCUGAUAUGUGUGGGGUUAAGAACAACGGUUUUCUCAUUUGUCCUUUGCUGUGAGUCACAAUGCUGACUGCAUAAUAGAAUUACUUGAGGAGCUUUUAAAAAAAUACCAAUGCCCAGGUCCCACCCCAGACCAUUUAAAUCAGCCUCUGGUGGUGAGACCCAGAUGGAAUUGACUUUCCUUUUAAAGUUCUUCAAAUGGAUCUACUAUGUAACAGGAUUGAAAAUCAGUGAUCCAGAAGGUGGUUUUUUUGUUUUGUUUUUAAUUUUGAAGUAGACAUAUACAGGAAAUGUUAAUAUAUCAGAAAGGGCCAUUUUUAAGUCAGUUACUGCUGUGCUGCUGUUAAUGAUAUAUAAUGAAAUUAAGACGGGAAAGUGGGCUUACUAACCUUUGGAUGUAAGUAAAAAUGUACUUCAUUCACACUUCAGGAGAGAACUUCAUAGCACAAUGUCUUUCUAUGAAAUGUUUUUAAUGAUUUAGUAUUUUACAUUUGUUUACCAUAUUUUGAUACACCAUUUUUUCUAUCUGCCAGGUUUUAUUAAAAAAUAUUAUUUUCUAAAGAAACAGUCAUAUUUUUAUACAAAUUUAUGUUUUCAGGUAGCAAAGACAUAGAUUUAGGGUACAGCAGAACAUAAGCAGUGUUACCUGUGGAUGGGAGUCAGUAUUAUAGCACAAAGGGUGAGCGCGGAAGGUACUCCACCUGUGCCACACCUCUUUGCCUGCACGCGAUGUGACAGGUCAGUGUGUACGCAGUGUAUCCUCUUCAGAUUAGCUUAGCCUGAUGCUUUAAAAAGGAGAGAAAAAGGUUCUGUAGAGUUCUGUAGUCAUGAAACUGUUUUCCUUCUAUCAAAUGCUUUAAAAGAACCAAAGUUUCAGAUGUCAGAAUGUAUAAAAGUAUGUCAGUCUCUGUAUAAAAGGGUAAAAAUAUAAAAGGAUUAUCUAAUGACUAUUUUACUUAUAAGUCAUUAGACAAUCCACUUCUUAUAGAUGCUUAAAUGACAAUUCCUGGUAAAGUUUGAAUUCUAAAGGGCCCAGGUCGUGAUAAUGGUGCAUUUCUUUAGCUCUUAGCUUUUCUUGCAGACAUAGGGGAAAACCAUGUUUAAUUAAGCAAGUAGGGCUUUAUACUUUAUUUUCUCUCUGCUUCAGCCAGAAUCAGGCCUUCAGGGUUUCACCAGCAUUGGUGGUUUUGCUCACCUGGUUUCUAAUUGGUUGUAUGAAUAGUUUUGUGGGUUUUCAAAAUGAACCAUGCUGUAAGGGACAGUUUUGCUUUUUGAUCCACUGUUUGCAGCAGAAUUAUAUAUAUAUGUAUAUGAAAAUCCAUUUUGAAUAAUUACAUUUUUGUAUUUGGAAGUUGUUUUAAAAAAUAAAAAAGAAAAAGAAAAAUAUGAAGCUGUUAUUUAUUCUGCCUUUGUUACAUACCCAUUGCUAGCCAGUAUACCAGUUUGGUAUAUAUUGCUUCUACACUUCUACAUUUGUAUUUGCAACAGUGAGCUUUAUAUCUACAUAAACUGUAAAUAAUCCUUUCUGUGAAAGGAUCGUCAUGUCAGGAUACCAAACAUGUUAAAAAAAAAAAAAAAAAACCUGCAUUAUUUUGUAAUAUUUCUGAUAGGUAUUUCGUGGUAAGACUAGUAGUCAAUAAAGUUACUUUUUGUCUUUAAA